UUACUAAUGCAUCUAAUAAUGUACCAAAAGCAUUGCAUGUGCAUGGCUAUCUGUGUAUGUAUGAUGAUGAAAAUAGGAUUAGAACUGAGCCCAUCCCCCGCAUUCAGGAAGGGUGGAAGCUCAAGAGUAUGCUUAGAAUUGCAGCAGUUCGUGAUGAGGAUCAAUGGCUCUAAAGGACUCCAGUACAAAGAUUCCAAUCUCGUGUAGUUAGUAGGACUUGAGACUUGAUGCAAAUGAUUAAGAGUAUUUAUGACUUAUAUAAUUUCCUCGUACGUAAGUUAGAAGCAAAUUUUGUUCGAAUUUUAAAGUUUUUAUUAAAUCAUAUAUAUGAAAAGUUUUCCGUUAAUUUUUCCAGUCUUUUUGGUUCUCAUUAUGGUUAACAGUUUAAUAAGGGCAUUUUGGUAAUAGUAGUGUCCAGCCAGAUUAGGGUGGUACAGUCCCUAUCUGAUGAUCGUUGUCAAUGCCGAUCAACCCUUCGCCCGAUUUGGGCUUGAGCGAGUGGGAGUGAAGCAGCGACCGAAGCUACAACUUCUGGUUCAUCAUCAUGUUCUGUAAAGAUGAUGGUGCCGCCAUCGCCGAACCCACCUGAAAAUUCCUGACGACGAAGGGAUUGUUUGGAAGAUCACCACUACCGUUGGUAUUAUUAGAAUUGAAUGAAUGGGAGAUGAAUGAUAAUGGGUGAUGAAGCUUGUGGGCGACGGGUCGACGAGGGUAGAAGGAGUCGAAACCUUGGAGAGCGGAGGAGGAGAGGUUUGCGAUUGAGUUAGAUUCCCAGAUCUUGAAAAAUUGUGGUUUUGAAUUUUAUUAUUAUUAUUGUUAGAAAGGAAAAUGAAUUAUCACAACAAAAUAAAGGAAAAUGAAUACAUAAAUUAAAAAUAAAUAUUUUUAUUUCUUGUUUGUUGACGUGGCAAGUGAGCUGGUCAUUUGACUAACAGUUAAUGGAGUUGACCAUCCAAUUUAACGGUCAAAUUUGGCUCCAGAUCAAGUUAGGAAGUAUGGUAUAUAGUUCGGGUCAAAAGAGCAAUUUCGGAAACCACCGGCCAAAGUAUAAAGUUUUUGUAUAAUUCAGAUCAAACUAAGGUAUUAACCCUUAUUCCUUCCCUGAUUUGUUUUCCAUCUCUCUGGCUCUAUUCUCAUAUCAUCCUUCCUUCUCCCAUUUCUCCCUCUCCAAAUCUCUCUGCAGAGGGGAAAAUAGAAGGCAGGGGAAAGCAUCCAAUGAUUCAACAUUCUCAACUUCCAGUCGAGGCUUGGCCGGAUCUUUUCUCUAAUCGGUGGUCGAAGCUUCAAGGCCUCGCUGAUUUCUCCUUCUAUACGCCGAUCUUCCACUGCCUCCGUCGUUGGUUUAUUCCAGCAGGUUGCGCCACCUGCUGUGGUUGUCGACGGAGAUUGGCUUUGGGGAUGAUUGCUAGCGACGGCGGCGGCGUGAUUAAUAAUGAGAUUAGUGUAACAAACGAGACUGAAAUGCAAACUAGUUAAAAAUAAGCAACAUAAUGUAAUUGUGGAACAAGUAUAAAUAGGACCAUCUUGU